AUGUUUUCGUCUACGAGUAACUUCACCAACGACCCAUCUGAUAUGAGUGUUCAAAGGAUAAUAGCGGCGUGGAUCUUUGCCACGACAUCCCUCCUAGGGGUGGUCGGGAACAUCAUGGUCAUUGCCGCUGUCGUACUAUCCCGCCAACUGCAGACGACCACGAAUAUCUUCGUGGUCGUUCUCGCGGUGAUCGACCUCCUCAACUGCCUUCUCCUACCCGUGCAGGUUGUGUCACUUGUCGGGUUGAGUAGAUCGGUCUCCUUUGACAGGGUAUGUGUCUUUGCGGCGGUAGCAAUGUGUCUCUUCAUGGGGGUGAGCGUGACUAUCCUAGCUCUCAUAGCCUACAACAGAUUCUACAUGAUAACCAAGGCUAGAACGGAUUACAAUCGAUUAUACACGCACAGGAACACGGUGAUCAUGAUCGGCGUCACUUCAUUUUCGGUCACCGGCUUCAACGUCAUAUUGGCGGCUUCGGGACUUGCCAAGUUUGGACUGGACGAAGGUAUAUGCUCCUAUGUCGAAGGCAACUCGUACUCGUACACAGCAGGGGCAUGGCUUGCGAUGUGUCUAGUCCUGAUCGUUAUCUGCUAUGUCAGAAUCUACCAACACGUAAAGCACCAUCUGCGUCGCAUAGGAUCUGAGGAGCGUGCUGAGAGCGGUGCGACAAACAGUCCGAUUGAAGAUACCUCGAAGGCACCUGGUGUCCGCGACGAGCCAAAAUCGGUCAAAGGAGAAUUCGCACAACGCCAGAGGGAGCUCGAAUCGAAGAUCACCACGAAUAUGCUGAUCAUCAUCGUCCUCUUCUUCCUCUGUGUGACACCGUCCAUCGUCAUCCUCUUUGUACCUGACGAUCACGAAGUAAGUCCCAUGACCGUCGCCAUCAUCGCAUUCAACAGCUGCGUCAACCCAAUCGUGUACGCCUGGAAACAUCCAGUGUUCAGACACGUGUUCAAAUGUAUCGUGACUCGAAAUAUCUCUGGGAUUAAAGAGCCGACCAAGUGGGCCCGUUCACUCGUGCUAACUAAUUCAUAA